AUCAGACCUACACUGCUUGAGCUGAUUUUGGUAUCUCUCUUCCAUUAACUUGAUGUCGGCAUUAUUUUGCUGGUUUAUUAUGGAGCCAGAUACAUCAACAACUGAUACCGGGUUAUUUAUAGAUGAUCGCACCUCUGCUAUCAUUCUGUGGCUGUCUAUCAGUAACACCCUGUUCCAAUAUUGCGAGUCUGACCUCGAGCUCCCCGACUCUAGACUUGAGUUCAGCAUUCCUAGCCUCAAUCUCAGCUUUCUCAGUCUCAAGCUUGGCAUUCUUGGUCUCAAGCUCGCUAAUGCGUUGUCUCAAUAAUUCGACCUAUAACUAUACGCUACACAUAAGCAUUCAAAAUAAAAUCAGUUAAGAAUGGAAGUUAACAUAAUAGUACUAGAAUAUAUGGCAAAGUUCAAUAAUUUGUUUAAUUGUAAAAAAGAUUCUGGCGCC